AACUUCAUCUUCAGUCCCCUGUUAGCAGAGUUCAUGAACGAGAGAAACAAACAGCAAGUUGCAUCUGCAUAGAGAUGGAACUGUUACAGUUACAUGUCAUACUACUGUCUCAAAAUGGUUAUGCUCCGUUUGCUUAGCAGUCCCAUACUAUAUAUAUAUAUAUAUAUAUAUAUAAUUUAAUGUUCAAUAACGUGUUAUUCAGAGCAUAAAUAAUACAUUAUACACACAUGUUAAUAAGCAAAUGAGUAAUUUUAUGAAUCACAGCUGAAGUUGCACUUAUUCAAGGCUGCGUUCAAGAGGCAGGGUCGUUAAAGUUCACAUAAUCUCCUGAGGAUCAUACUGAGUGUUUAACCUGGACUCAAAUAGUAAAUCCACACAAAGUUGUGUUUAUGCUGUAAAAAAAAAUAAAAAAUAAAAAGCUGCAUGGACGGACUGUAGGCAGCAGCUUGAUUAAAACCAAAGUCUUGCUUAACCAGAAGGUCUGGAUGCAUGAGGUCCACCGAUUACACAGUCUGAUAGACACACAUGAAUAAUGGCCUGUCACGCAGGCAGCUCCACCAUCUCAGCCUCACUACCAAAAUAAAAAUGUUUAUUGCUUUUAGUUAGGUUCCAGUUCAAAAAAGGCCACAGCAGAAGGUUAAGUUGCAAACUCAAAAGUGUCAUAAGAAAAUAUAGCAGAAUUUACUAAAAUAAUAAACUAGUGACAGCUGAGGGUUUAUGAAGAGGCGGGGAAAUAGUUCUUUCCUGAGACCAAGGAAGUAUUGGUCCAAUAGACUACUUCAUAUCUGAUCUUAAAUGUGGUAUCUGUAUCCUCCUCUUUGGUAUUUCCUUCCCAGUUGUCUUGUUCCCAUCACACACUAGCUGAAAGUAUGAGGAGAAGUAACUCAUCAAAAUUUUUCAACUUCACCGAGAGACAAUGGGACUCUUCAGGGCAGGCCGCCUACAUCGAGCUUCCCCAGGAGCCCGUCUUCAGAUGUACCGUGAAGAGGCUCUUCUCAGGCACCCUGCAGCUGCCCAGGUUGUCCUGCAGACCGUCCACGCAGGACAGACCCGAGGACAGUCCCCAGUCCGGCCCCUCAGUUUGCAGCAUCAAGCCCUCCAGGAGCCUGGGGACUCUGACCAGCUGCAUCUCCAAAGCCUUUUUUGACGUGGAGAAUGGAUUGUCAGUGGGACGUAGCCCCCUGGACCCCCAGGCCAGCCCUGGCUCUGGUCGGGUCAUACAGGCCAACUUUCCCCACAGCCAGCGGCGGGAAUCCUUCCUCUACCGCUCCGACUCUGACUUUGACCUUUCACCCAAAGGUCCUUCCAGAAACUCCUCCACUGCCAGUGACCUGGAAGAAAGCUUGAAGCACUGGGAAGUCAACUGGUUGUCAUCUCGACACACAGAAGACAUGAUUGUCACACCAUUUGCACAGGUCCUCGCCAGCCUGAGGACAGUCCGAAGUAACUUUGCCGUCAUAACCGGCCAGCAAGAUCGCACAGCCAGCAAGACGCGGUCCUCAGGCAGCAACCCGCCAUCCAUGUGCAAGACCAGCCUCGCAGAGGAGCCUCACCAGCAGCUGGCCAUAGAGACUCUAGAUGAGCUGGACUGGUGUCUGGAACAGUUAGAGACACUGAAAACUCGUCACUCUGUCAGCGAGAUGGCUUCCAACAAGUUCAAGAGGAUGCUGAACCGAGAGCUCAGCCAGCUGUCAGAAACCAGCCGUUCAGGGAACCAGGUGUCUGAGUUCAUCUCUAGCACCUUCCUCGAGAAACAACAUGACAUGGACAUCAUGUCUCCCCCCACCAAGGAUAAGGACAAGAAGAAGAGGCCCAUGUCCCAGAUCAGCGGUGUGAAGAAGGCCACCCACAGCCCCAGCCUGGCUCCCUCCACCAUCCCUCGCUUCGGGGUCAACACCAGCCAGGAAGGAUUCCUAGCAAGGGAGUUGGAGGACAUAAACAGAUGGGGUAUUGACAUCUUUAAGGUGUCUGAGUAUUCUGGGAAGCGCCCACUGACGGUCACUAUGUACAGCAUCUUCCAGGAACGUGAGCUGCUGAAGUCCUUCAAGAUCCCAGCGGACACUUUCAUCACCUUCAUGAUGACUUUGGAGGAUCAUUACCACGCAGACGUGGCCUACCACAACAACAUCCACGCUGCAGACGUGGUCCAGUCCACACAUGUCUUACUGUCCACACCUGCUCUGGAGGCUGUGUUUACUGAUCUGGAGAUCCUCGCUGCUCUAUUUGCGAGCGCCAUCCACGACGUGGAUCACCCCGGAGUCUCCAAUCAGUUUCUCAUCAACACCAACUCAGAGCUGGCCCUGAUGUACAAUGACUCGUCAGUGCUUGAGAACCACCACCUGGCUGUUGGCUUCAAGCUCCUGCAGGAAGACAACUGUGACAUCUUUCAGAACCUCAGCAAAAAGCAGAGACAGUCGCUGCGCAAAAUGGUCAUAGAUAUGGUGCUGGCCACAGAUAUGUCUAAACACAUGAACCUACUGGCAGACCUAAAAACCAUGGUGGAGACCAAGAAAGUCACCAGUCUAGGAGUCCUACUGCUGGAUAACUACUCAGACCGCAUACAGGUCCUUCAGAACAUGGUGCACUGUGCAGACCUGAGCAACCCCACCAAGCCUCUGGAGCUGUACCGGCAGUGGACAGACCGCAUCAUGGUGGAGUUUUUCACCCAGGGGGACAGGGAGAGAGAUAAGGGGAUGGAGAUCAGCCCCAUGUGUGACAAACAAAAUGCCUCAAUAGAGAAGAACCAGGUGGGUUUCAUUGACUACAUUGUUCAUCCUCUGUGGGAGACAUGGGCUGAUCUUGUCCACCCAGAUGCUCAGGAGAUCCUGGACACACUGGAGGAUAACAGAGAGUGGUACCAGAGCAUGAUCCCCCACAGCCCCUCACCCAACCCAGAGAGCCAGGAGGAGGGAGCCCUUGCUGGCGAAGCCUCAGCGGUGGGUGGAGGCUCCACUUCCGCUGACAAGUUCCAGUUCGAGCUGACCUUGGAAGAAGAAGGAGAGUCUGAUACUGAGAGCCCACCUGAGGAAGAGGAGGGCUACAGUGGUGGCAGGGGGCCUGAACUCUCCAGAACUGAUUCUGACAGCGGAUUUGAUGCAGUGUCGGCUUCGACUCACCUGCUCACCAAAAAGCUCACUACUGAUUCAGGCAGGACGUUUUCUUUAGACUCUGACAAAGACAUGGCAGAAGACAGAGAAACAGACCAGGAAGGUGUCUCCGGGGUACCGCGCUUCAGACUUGGCACAUAGCACCAGUCAAAAGUUGUAUUUCUUUUGGCCUAUUUCAUUUAUUUUUCUUGAUUUCGGUGCCUCAUCCUCUGUCACUCCCCUUCUCCCACUCCAACCAAACACCACCACCUCUGGUUUCCACAGACAAGGUGACAGCAAGCCUCGGGGUGGGGAGUACGGGAGUGCGGCAGGUGUGGGGAGUGUUAAGAAAGUCUGCAGUUUAACACAGCAGUAGCUUGCACUGAAGAGGGACAUAGACGGAGUCACUGUUCCAGUAGAGGACAGGAAACCAAGUUUCUGACCGGUCCUUUGUGUUCUGUGUCUUUCACUCAGACAUACUGUGGAUAAAGUUCUACAGAGACAAUGAGAAGUUUAAAAAAACUUCUCUUUUACCAGCCAACCCAAGGUCUACUACAGCAAACGACAGAACUGUCUUCCUCUUUUGGGGUGUUUGUGAAGAAAGUGAGGAAGUGAUGAAUGGCCGUGAAAACACAACAAAGUCUUGAAAGACUUUUUUGCCAAACUUGCAAAUUACAGGGACAAUGCUGUUUUGCCUGCCUUUUUAAAGUUUUCAUUUGUUUGUUUAUUCUGUUUUCUUUUAUUUAGCUCCACACACAGUGAAAUACAGUGAAUGAAGAUGCAGUACGGUAAAACUCCAAAGCAGAGAGUCGUGGCAGAGAGGAGCUGUGCAUGAUUUUUUAUGCAGGAAACUUUAAAUGUAGCAGACAUUUUGAGUGACUCUAUCAUUAUUAUUGUAUACGUAGCACUCCUUUCAGCCGGUGUUGCACAGCCCAUUUCAUUGUGUUCAGUAGGCAGUUGUUCUGGAAGAAUACUGUGCGAGUAUAAUGAAGUGGCUGGCAGUACAUAUUAUUUUGAGAUUUUCAGUUGUUUCAGGCUUGCUAUUUCCAUUUUUAUAAUCCUAAACUAUGAUAGUGAGACAGCGACACAACCGAGCCAGGGUCAGUGAAGUGUUGCAUAGUCAGGAAUUACAUCCAAAGCUAUGUGGGCUGUGCACAUGGUGCCUCCCAGUGUUGACAAGUGGAACUGAAGUUCUGACUUAGGAGGCGAACGAUUUGCAAGGUUUUGCAUAGGCCUAUAUGCAUUCAAAACGUAUUUAACUGUAGGACUAUAAAAUAUCAGUUAUGUUUCAGUUUUGUUGCUCUUUUGAUUAUAUUUGUUGUUAUUUUUGUGUUGCAUUCUUAAUAUUUGGCACCCAUUUUAUCAGUUUGCCUUCAAGUCUAGCACUUUACAGUUUUGUUCAUAGCUAGCCCUCAUUGUGGUUUUUAAGGGCUUGAGCCAUAACAUGAACACAUUGGAGGCUGUUGAAUGCAAAACAGUUUGUUAUUCAUUGUUGAGCAACCAGCACAAACAUCAUGCAAAAACUUACCCUUACAGUACAGCUACAAAUGGACUAUGAACUUCAAAACCAUUAUUGUUACUACAUCAUGUAUCAAACACUGCAUCCACCUACUGACUUACUGUUUUGGUAACAUCCACUUGCAUUACUAGAAUUAAUUACAAGACUGGUAUGGGCAACAUAUUAGGGUUGCAAAGAAGGACGUUAGCGCCACCGUAACUGUAAAAAAUCCAGGAGGUUACCAGGAGACAGUUUCCUGUGCCAGAAUUAUUUUCAUCUUUUUUCUCUCAUUGAUCAAUACUUCGCUCUU